GGUGACACCGACACGGCCCUAGUUGCUGUUUCGUCCGCCAAGGGCGCUGCCAUCACCACUUGCACCCGUCUUCACUUACUCGCUUUAGCAAUCGUGCUUUAGGAGCAUGUUGGAGUUAACUGUGGUGUUUUAAUGUCAUGCAAAUCGUUAACAUUAAUAGUAGUCGUGUAAUGACUCCAGCCAAGAGACGCGAUUAAUGUUAUAUCGAGUCGAACUUGGUCAGUCAUUGGAUAAAGAGAUCUUUCGUUCGAACUAUAAUUAGUUAAUAAAAUGGAAGCGGGACACUACACCGGAGAGGGGAAACUUCCUCCGUCGACUUACUACAAUUCCCUAUCUGGUUCGGCUUGUUUCCCUCUCCCACUUCUAUACAAUCAAAUGAAUUCCUAUCCCUUUUUCUCCGGUCCAUUUCUACCAUUACAUCCUUGCGUACUACCACAGCACGGUCUACAGGAUUCUGCAGCACUCACCACUCCUCGCAACGUUUUAGCAUCGAGAGACUUGAUGAAGAAUGCCGAAAUGGCUAUGACACCCGUGACAUUCGACUACGUUCAAGCUAGACACAGAUCUUACAAAGAAAAACAUCAAAAUGACGUCCAAAGAUUAAACAUCAGGCAAGCUAACUUGGCAUCUAUGCUGGGAAUGCAAAAUAAUAACUGUGUCCCAGACGUCAAGAAAGUAGAAGCGGAAGGAAGCAACGAGGUAUAUCAAACGGAGCAGAAACCCUGUGACAUCACCCCCAGAGUACAAAACGAAGGCAAGAUAACUGAAGUUGGUCAAACCACCGAAAAUGUAAAUAAAUCUUGGACAACCGGACAAACCGACUCUUCUACCUGUCCACUCUGCGGUGUGGUGGUGGCUCCAUUGGAAUGGCAAGCUCAUUUUCGUCAAGAACUCGAGGAAUUUACUAAAAAUACAAUGUGGAUGUGCCAAAAAGAAUCUAUGGUCGAUUUGUUCAAUCCUACGACUGCUUCUCUGGAACAUUUGAGGAUGCACACGCUGACUGAAGCAGGAAAACGUACUGUUGAAGCAAGAAGAGAGACUUAUUUACGCGUCAGAGCAAAUCGUUUGCAUCGGUUAGGAGUGUUUUAUUCUUUAGGUAGGAGUUGCAGACCAAGAAAAGCAUCUCUAAGUGAGACAAGUGUCAUAAAGCCGAGAUUACCCAACGAUAUGAAAGGUCAAGAUGAAGCGAUCAGAACGGAGACGAACGGUUCAGGUGAAGUGAUGAUGCUAGGUUUAACAGUACAAAAGAGUGAUAAUCAAGAGCAGGAUAGCAAUAAAGAUUUCUCUUCUGAAGUUGACAUUAGCAAUAGAGAUGCUUCUAAUGAGAAGAAUAAUGAAGAAAAUUUGGAAACUCCUCAUCUAAUGUCACCCAUGAAUGGAAGGUGUAGCGAUACAGAAGAGAAACGGAAGAACGGAUCCAACAUCCAAUGCGUCGUAUGUUUAGAAUCCUAUCGCAAACCUGUUGUUUCCGUAUGUUGUUGGCACGUACAUUGCGAACGAUGCUGGUUAAAGUCAUUGGGUACAAAAAGGUUAUGUCCUCAAUGCGAUGCUAUCACGUCACCUUCAGAUCUUCGCCGCAUCCAUUUGUAGCUCGUGUUAAGUGGCCAUCAUUCUUCCUUCAUUAUUAAAGCAAAUUGGAAACAAAGAAGGACUCUUGACGUAUGAAAUUCCAUCAAAAAUAAAAAUAAAAUAUAAGAUAGCUUCGGUUGGAGUUCAUCACUACUGAACUAGGGGACAAAAAGAAUUGGUAUACAAACCAAGCUAAAAGGACUUUUUCUUGUGUGUUUGGUGCAAUAAACUGAUAAAAAAUAUAUAUAUAAAAAUUAUAUAUUUAAAAAGACUGUGCGCGAUAUAAACUGGACGUUCACCUUCGGCUUAUGUCAUUUAAAAACAAACAAUUGUAGUUUUACUGUGAUACUGUAAAUAACCAGGCUAUAGACAAGAGAACAUAAAAAAGAGAGGUAAGCAGCCUAUCUUUUAUCAUAUCAUGUAUACAGUUGCAGUCUUUCCUCGUAAGGAUUGUUCAUUAAUAAUUCUCGAUGUUUAUUCAAAGUUGUCUAUUGUUGUGUGCUGCGGCAUAUUCAGUUAAUGUGGACGAAUAUGACGUUUUUUCCAUUAUAAAAAAACAAAAAAAGUAAGUUUUUCUUAUUCAUUUGCGAGAAUAGAAAACAAAGAUUCGAGUCUACUAAACGGUUACAGUUUGUCCCAAUUAUUUAAUUAAAAAAACAUCCAAAAUUGUUGUUGAACAAUAAAAAAAAAAGCAAAGGAUUCUCCUCAUCUUAACUGGUUAGAAUUGAAUAAAAGUAGGCUUUUUUCUGUAACCGAUAUAAUUAUUAGUAGAAAAAUUCUAAGAAAUUUAAGAAAUUUUUCAUCUUUCCCAACAAUAUUAAUUUUGAAAAAUAAAAUAUAUUAAAGAAGUGAAGAAAAGUUUCCUUCUUAUUAAAACUCUAACGAUUGCAACCUUAUUUAUAACGCUUAUCAUCUCGGUUAUCCGAGUGUAAACACGGAUUAUAAGAGGAUAUUGGAAUUGACUAAUAUCAAACGCGAUUAAUGGUUCUUUGUAAUGCUCAAUAGUGUUGCUGGCCCUCUCAUUAGAUGGUCAAGAAGGUGUCCAGAAGGUUCGGACAACUAAUGGAGCCGUAAACUAGUCGGAUGACGUCGUAUCUAAGGUCGAGAAGUACUGUACAACAUAGAAUGAGAUAAGCUGUGGCGAAACAGAAUGUUGAGUAGACUUUUAUUACUGGUGUAGAUUUUACAACCUGCAGAUGAAGUUAAUGGUUGGGAAGUCUCCA